AUGUCUGCCCUCUUGCCCCUGUUCACCCAGGAUGCCUAUUCGGAGGUCCUCAUAGGGGUAUUCGACUGUCUCGCCCUGAAAGACGUCCUGUCGCUGCUCCGAGUCAACAAAUUUGUACACACCGUCUUCAAGACCUCCUCCCGAACCCAACUGGCUCACACACGCCGCCUAUUCUCCGCCCCAGCCACUGGCAACUAUGUCGUCGAUAACGCCUCAGGCCCCGCCGACCAGCUCGCGGCGCUGCGAGAUAGAGAACGAAGACUCGACAACCUCGAUUACUCGUCCAUGAAGAAUAUACGCAAAGACGCCGGCGAAAGGCUGAUCGCAUUCGAGCAGGGCCUCCUCAUUUUUCGUGCGCGGGGAGACGGAGUCAGAGUGCCCAAACGAGAUUUUGAUGAGCUCGAUUCAGGGGAAGGGGAAGAGGAAGAUGAUGUAACGACAGCAAAGGUCGCCCGCAAUGACCCAUCAAAGUCUGAGAAUCUAGACCAUCUUUCGGAGCACCCUUUUUCUGAACAUCCCCACGAAACAGUCGCCGACGCCGACGCCGAAGACGUAAAACGGAAAUGGCGCGCCACGCAUAAAAACCUCGCCUACUCUCAAAAUUUCUCCAAUGGAAGCUCCAUCAAGGAUGGCUGGGAUGUCUACAGGGUGCCCGAGGCUGCGUCUGACGAAGACUCUCAGGCUAGAGGAGGGACUAUCGAUCAGGGACUGUGGUGCUGGAGGACGCGCGUGAGGGAUGACUUGCAGACGGUGGAGAUGUGCGGGCAUGAUGACCUGAUGGCUGUCAUUCAAAGAGGCGCUUACUUUAUCGACCGUGACGACCCGUCGAAGUUGAAUCUGUCUAUUCGCAUAUCAUUCUUCUCCGCCCUUCCCCCUAGGGGCACGCCUACUCCUGUCACAGGGUAUUUCGCCCCCAUCCCCCAUCCGGAGGCAGCCCUGCCCUUCAUCGACAUCAACUUUAACUUUGCCGAAAAGGACGUGAAGACGGACGUGACAGACGACGUGAAGCUGGAGGUGAUGUUUGGCUAUUAUGGGCAGAUGUCGGUUCUGGUCAGAUACGGCCCAAAGACAUUGUUCGCUGGUGUUUGGGAUUGGAAGAAUGGUGUUUGCUUAGGAAGCAUUCCCAUCGAAGAUAACCAAACCGUGGCGUCGCUAAAUGCCUCCGGCCCCUUCGCCAUAACGGGGAGCGCUCGACACGUCCCUGGGUCGAAACACCAAGAUGUUUAUGAUCUGGCUAUUCGAAUGAUCCCUCUCCCCCAGGCAGCUAUACCUGAUUGGCGCGAGGGCUUCGUCCAACUUUCCUUCGACACCUACCUUCUAUUCCCUCCAUCACUUGGCUAUCCUCCUGUCAAGCCCAAGCCCGACAGCAACCCCUUUGCGCCACCCUAUCCCGAACAAGCGUGUAGCUGGUUCAUCAGCGAUAUCCCUAAGGUUAUUCCUGUCUGCAUCUUCGAGCUGCCCAUCCCCGAUCUACUCCCAUGGACGCUCGCUGUGUGGUACCAAACCCACAUAUUUGGCAUCCUCAAUUUCGCCUACUCUCCCGAAGUGCACAAUGCAGAGACGAUCGGGAUCUUUACGUGGAUGCUAUGGGAGAGGAAGCAUAUGUCCGACUUGUCUUAUAUGCUGCGCCAGGCGACGAACUUGGCGUUAAAGUCUCUCGUUGGGCGAGUCAUACACGGCAAUGACAGUCGCCGGAUCAACAAGUACGGGCCUCUCAUACCAGCCUCACAUCAGGCGAGCACCGAUAUUGCCGAGGGCGUGAGCUGGGUCUCCACCAUUAUGGUGCACGCCAAUCGCGUAUCGGAGGAUGGUACAUGGAGGAACACGGAAGGCGUCAUCAUCCCAUCCCAAACCCCUAGCAAGAAACCGGCAUAUAUCCGAGCCUCCUCCCACUUUGCAGAUACCGAUUGGCUCUUUACCCGCGGUCUCGCCCUCCCAUCCGUCGACAUCACUGUCCCCACCGUCUCCUAUCUUGAUUGGGACGGCGCCAACCAGAUGCGCGUGGACUUUUACGAGACUGUCAGUGCAGCGUAUGGAGCACGUGAGGUGCGCCUCGUGCCCCUCAUUGAGGAAGACGGAGUUGAGGAUAGGGUGUUAUGCCUCAGCAUGAGCGACUAUAAUCCCAGCACUCUUCCGGCAGCAAAAUUGUCUCUACGCCAGGUCCUGGGGAACCGACGACGCAAUAUCGAGGCCCAGCCAUGGUACUCACUCGAUUCUACCAUCGGCGUCGAAUACUUGCCAGUCACUUUCGAACGCUACCGCCUUGUUCGAGAGUGCUGUGUCGAUCUCCAACUCGAGUAUUUCCACAUUGAAUCCUCCUUGGCAGGGCUCGAGUCUUCACUGUCUAGGAUCUAUGAGGGAAUGCGCGAAGAAGAGAAGGCGCUGCAAUAUGAGUCAACUGCGAAGCUGCAAAGGCUGAAGGAAAGGCUGGACAAGGUUGUGGCGGAGUACCAGCUUGCCAGAAACGAUUUGGAUAAGCUGAGGCCUAUGGAGAAGAGUGAUUGGGAAGAAGAGAUUGAAGACGACUUGGCUUCGAGUUCGGGCUCCUCAACUGCGGCCGACGAGAAGGGACCAAUCGACGGUUCCGAAAGAGAGAUUUCGAAGGGUAAGAAAGGACGUUCAACGGACAUCGCAGGAUCGGAAGCAGCUCCUCACGCUGCGGUCCCGCCUCCACCAUACCUUACCCUUGCUCUCGCUCCCCCCACCGCACCCACUUCUUCCUCUUCCGCCCUUGACUCAUUGCCGGAAAGCCCAUCUCAACAAGCCACCUCUCAUUCUUCUGCGCGCGCAUUCCUUCCCUCCUACUCCUCCGGACUACCCUCGCACUUGCAGGAAUAUUAUCAGCAGAGCUGGAGGUCUGAGGGUGGGCUGUUCUGCAGGAAAGGAAAGGAGAUGCUCCUGGUGGCGCCCUCGUGCGAUGAUGCUUUUCCGGAUGUUUACUUUGAUGGGAGGACGAUGCUGUUGAGCGGCUUUACGCCGUAUGAUUACCAUAUCUUGACUUUUUGA